AUCUACAUCUUAAAAAUUAUGUUCUCCUUUUAGACUAAAAUAAAGCAGACGUGUAAUAAUUACAUAUUUGGACAAAUGCAUUCUUUCCGUUAAAUUGCAUAAACAAAACAUACAAAACGCAUCAUGGUACAAAACCUUUGCCAACCCCUGAUUUGCACAACUGAGAGAAAAGAGAAUAUUUCGAAGCUCGCUGUACGCGCUAAAAAGAGAUAGCUUCAUAUUGUUUACAUGUAUGCUUUACCAUAGCAACGAAAGAGACCGAUUGCUUAGUGCAACAAGCCGCAAUGCAACAGGUAAACUGUGGCGAAGAAAACAACAAUAAAAAAAAACAUCGAAUCAUUUCUCGCGAGAGAAUCACAGACCGCAUUGCAUUGGUGUGCGUUCGCUUCAGUCAUGCGUGUGUACGGCCAAACAGCUGCUGUGUAAAAUAAACACGCUCCCUGUUGUGAUCGGCUACAGCAUUUCUAUCACACCCAGGGCGUUAGAUUUGCGAAAAAAAAUACAUAUCAGUAAUUGCCAGCAACGGUCCAGAGCACAACGUUUCGACUUCAUCGGGAAGAUCGCUCCCAUGUGUAGUUCUACCGCAUAUGGGAUUACUGGAUAAAAAUGCAACACGCACCGAAUUCGUGAAAGUUAUUGUUUCGUGGCAGGGAUUUGGUAUCUUGUUGACAGUGGUGGAGGGAGGCCAUAUUUAUGUAGUGAUAUUUACGUAGUUCUGUGCCUUUUGUUUUACUGCUUUGUUCUAUCGUUACCACCACCGCGCGACAAUACGUAGGGCCGUCGGAAACAAUUUUAUCAUUUACGCUCUGCCAUAUCGCCUGGCCUUAGUGUUUGUGCUCUGACCUACCUCGCCGCCCCUUAUGCUAUUCAUCAAGGCCCGUCCUAUGGUAACUUGGGCUGCUGUUAAAAUAUAAAAGCGAAAGCUAUGCUGCAUACAGCAGCAACGCUACAGCGUAACGCAUCGUAACGCAAACAAAAGCAAACACCGUAACUACUACCGAUGUCCAGUUGGUCGGUUGGGUUGAGUUUAAAAACCAUACCAACGUGAUUAGCCACCCAACCACGAUGCCCUUCUGUUGUGGUUGUUGCGGGGAUUCUACGACGGGAUACGAAUAUCGCCCAAUUGGAACACCACAGCCACCAAGCGGUUUUGGUGCGCGCCAUGUACAAACACUGUUGCUUUUCUUUGGCCUCACGGUGGCGUAUGCGUUGCGCGUUAACCUUUCUGUUGCGAUCGUCGCCAUGGUCGAUCGGCAUGCGGCUAACAAGGACUUUGAAGAGUUUGACUGGAACGAGGAGACGAAAUCGAUCAUCCUGAGCAGCUUCUUCUGGGGUUACGUGGUAACGCAGAUACCCGCCGGCCAGUUGGCGCAACGGUUCGGGCCAAAGAUUCUGCUGCUACUAUCGAUCGGUAUCUGCUCGAUGCUGGCAGUAUUGACGCCAUUCUGUGCGCACGUUGGUGAUGCAAAGGCAGUGAUUGGUUUGCGGAUAGUGCAAGGUUUGAGUCAGGGAUUUAUUUUUCCCUCCACACACACGAUGCUAUCUAGGUGGGCACCGGCAUCGGAACGUGGCCGACUCGGUACGCUUAGUUAUGCUGGCGCUCAGUUCGGUACGGUGAUAAUGCUGGCUGUUAGUGGAUUCCUCGCCUCCUCUAGCAUGGGAUGGCCAAGUAUAUUUUACAUUUCCGGUGCAGUUGGAAUGCUGUGGUCGGUAGCGUGGUUUUUCUUCGGUAGUAACUCACCGGCAGAGUAUCGUGGAAUCGCUCCGGAAGAGCGUGAGUUUAUUGAGAGUUCGUUCGGACCGCAAGAUCACAGCCGCCGUAUCGUUACACCCUGGGCGGCCAUCCUAACGUCUGCGCCGAUGAUUGCGCUUACGAUUGCGCACAGCUGUCACAACUGGGGCUUCUGGACGCUGCUCACCGAGAUGCCCACGUACAUGAAGGAGGUGCUAGAGAAGGACAUUAAAAAGAAUGCCCUGCUCUCCUCGCUGCCGUAUCUCGUGAUGUGGAUACUAAGCUUUGUCUUUAGCCCGCUGUCGGAUUUCCUUAUCAAUCGGCAGUAUCUGUCGCGCGUGGUUAGUCGCAAGCUGUUCAACACUAUCGGGCUGUGGAUACCGAUGGUUGCGUUGCUGGGGCUAGCGUUUGUGCCAAAGGGUGGAUCGGAUCUUGCGAUCGUGUUGCUUACGCUGGCCGUCGGUAUCAAUUCGGCCACGUACUUGGGCUUCCAGGUGAACCAUAUCGAUCUCGCUCCCAACCAUGCCGGCACGAUGAUGGGCAUCACGAACUGUGCGGCCAACAUCAUGUCCAUCAUUGCACCGCUGAUUGUGGGACAAGUGAUAACUGACGCGACUGAUCCUAUCCAGUGGCGCCGAGUGUUUUACAUUGCCGCCGGUGUGUAUUUCUUCGGCAAUCUUACCUUCAUCAUCUUUGGCAAGGCUGAUAUUCAGCCAUGGAAUGAACCUGAAUCGCCUAUUCCUCGUACCACGUCCAACGCUAAUGAAAGCCAACCUGCUCGGAAUGCAAACAACACGGCGACCAACAACGAGAACCAUAGCGAUUAAACAAGGAAUGAUGGGGCUGUUUUCUAGUCCACUAAAAACACUAGAGAUAAACAACAUACGCUCGCGAAACGAAACAGAAAAAACCGCCCAAACCGUACAGACAGGAACUGCGUUACAGGAACAAAAAAACAACAGGGGUGUGAUAGAACGAACUGGGAAUUUUCUCGUUAUAGUCAUAUCAGUUAGUAUUAUAAGAAAAUGUACGAAAAAGCAUUUACAUUUAAAACUGGCUCCCACUUUCGUGGUAAGCAGGAAGAAAGGCUGGUUUUUGUGUAGCUGAAGUUGUAUCAUCGUAUAGAGAAAGAUUGGCUAUAUUUAUAAAACGUUAUGUUAAUAAAAAAAAAACUAAAUGCGACCAUCGAAUGCAUUUGAAAGAA